ACAACUAUACCAUCAUGGAUUCAAAAAAUGUACAUAGUCCCUUGUUCCUGGUGUUUCCUCCAGAGGUCACCACUCAAGAAUACCAAACAACAGAACUUACAGCCACAGCCUACAAUCCCCAAAACCGAGUGCAAAAAAUCAUUAUUAGGAAAUUGGAGAUCUUAGGGUUCAUUAACUCUGGGGCCUUCCUGAUUGCUCUAAAAAGCAAAACUACAGACACUCUGCUAAAAAUGAGCCAGGCAAUGAAUUUACUUAGUGCUCUGGGAGCAGCAGCUGGGAUCAUUCUCCUCAUAUUUGGCUUCCUUCUAGAUGGGGAAUUCAUCUGUGGCUAUUCUCCAGAUGGUAUGCAGUGUGGUGCUAUUACCAUUCUAUUCGUUGGGAUUUUGGUUAUGUUGAUGAUCUUCAGCAUUGCUGAACUCUUCAUUUCCCUCUUUUCCUCAGUUUUGGGAUGCUACUCAGAAGGAAGGGGAUGCUGUUGAAUAGCACUGUACAAGUAAAAACGCAAAAUGAUACAACUCAGAGGCCAGUCCUGCUUGUGAUAAAGAACCAACACACUUACACACUUAAAGUUCACAAUUAUUUAAGGCAAAAUGGGUUGGGAGUGACUCAUAGGGGACCAUUUUGGCUGGUGAAACACAUUCAUCUCCCUGAUAAUGGCAUUUCCUCCUCCAGUAGAAUGAUCUCCUUGGUGUAAUCACCCCCUCUUGCUCAUUGUGGCAUGGCUACUAUAAGCAAAGCCAAAGCUCAGACUCAGGGGUGACCAAGUCAUAUGACUUUGCUA